AUGCUUCGCCUCCGAGCGCUGGCCACCACCGAACGCCUCCGCCUCGCGGCGGGCGGCCGCUUUGUCCACCGGAGGGCCACGAAGCCGAGAGCUCCUCCUCCGCCGCCGCCGCCGCCUACACCACCGAAGCCGCCGCAGAAGCCAACCCCCUUCACCUUCCACGGGAUCACGUGGCACGACCCCUACAGCUGGAUGUCCGACCUCAACGACCGCGUCGCCAUGCGCCACAUGGACGUGUACAUGGAGCAGGAGGAGAAGUACACCGAGGCCGUCAUGGUGGCGUCCGGCGCUGACCGCCUCCAGCGCAAGCUCCACAUCGAGAUGGCCCCGCGGCUGGCGUCCGACCCGUGCACGCCGCCUGUGCGGUGGGGCCCCUGGCUCUACUACCGGCGGGCGGAGGACGAAAAGCAGUAUCCUGUGCUCUGCCGGAGGUCGGCGAGCCUUCACGAUGAGUUCAUCUCUUACAGCGAACCGUCGGCUGGGUUUGAUUUCCAGACCGGAAAAAGGAUCGAACAGAAGCUGAUCGAUUACAAUCAAGAAGCCGAGCGGUUUGGUGGAUACUCAUAUGAAGAGCUAUCUGAGGUGUCCCCAGAUCAUCAUUUUUUUGCUUAUACUAUGUAUGACAAAGACAAAGACUCCUUCACUUUAUCUGUAAAGGAUUUAACCACUGGUUCACUUUGUGACAAACCCCAAGCAGAUCGGGUUGCUAAUCUGUCAUGGGCCAUGAAUGGGAAGGCACUGCUCUACACCGUCACAAACAAUGAUAAACGGCCAUAUAGGAUCUUUUGUAGCAUUCUUGGAUCUAAUAAAGAUGAUGUUCUGAUUUUGGAAGAACACAAUGAGAAUGUCUAUAUAAACAUUAGAAAUACCAAGGAUUUUCAGUUUGUAACUGUAAAUGUCUUUUCGAAUUUUUCUUCAAAGGUGUACUUGAUAAAUGCAGCUGAUCCCUUGUCAGGCAUGACAUUAGUCUGGGAAUGUGAACCUCAUGCUCACUGCAUAGUAGAACACCAUCAAGGUUACUUAUAUUUAUUUACAGAUGCUGCUAGAGGAGGUGAACCUGUUGAUUCACAUUAUCUGCUCCGUCGUGUUGCUAAAGAUUAUGAUUCCGGAAAUUGGGAGUGUGUUCUUCUUGAGGAGCCUGGUGUUACCAUAGAAGAUGUUGAUUUUUGUGAAACUCACAUGGUGCUUAUUCUUAAAGAAGGCAAAUCAUUCAGAAUAUGUUCAGUUGCUCUACCUCUAUCUAUGGGUGGAAAUGUACCUGUGCAUCUUUCAGCCCUUCAGCCAUGCUUUUUGCCUCUUCCAGAGCAUGUCUGUCAGAUUGCACCUGGACCAAAUUAUGACUAUCAUUCAUCAAUUAUGCGAUUCACAAUAUCCUCACCUGUGAUGCCUGAUGCAGUUGUUGACUAUAACUUAUUAAAUGGGAAGUGGCACAUUGUACAACAACUUAAUAUGUUGCAAGAGCGCACAAAAACUUUAUAUGGAACUGCAGCAGCUGCUAGCAGUCUAAAACGGUCAUCACUGCCAAAUAACUUAGGCACCAACUGUCAACACCAUGAUGCAGAUGGUACAUGGCAUGAGCUCUCUGAGUUUUAUGCUUGUGAGUACUAUGAUGUUCCUUCAAACAAUGAAGUUGUUGUCCCAUUGACUAUUGUAUACUCCCGAAAGCACAAGCAAGAGGGCAGUCCAGGGCUACUUCAUGGGCAUGGUGCUUAUGGUGAGCUUUUAGACAAGCGCUGGAGAAGUGAGUUGAAAAGCCUUCUAGACCGUGGCUGGGUGAUUGCUUAUGCUGAUGUCAGAGGAGGUAGCGGUGGUGGUAAAAAGUGGCACCAUGAUGGCAGGCGUACCAAAAAACAAAAUUCAAUUAUUGACUAUAUCUCAUGUGCUGAAUUUCUAGUUGGGGAAGGUAUUGUGCAAAAGAAUAAGCUUGCCGGUUGGGGAUAUAGUGCUGGGGGGCUUUUGGUUGCUUCAGCUAUUAACAUUCGUCCAGAUUUAUUUCGGGCUGCGGUUUUAAAGGUUCCCUUUCUAGAUGUCUGUAGCACUCUUCUGUACCCUAUCUUACCUCUCACACCUGUUGACUACGAAGAGUUUGGCUACCCUGUUGAGCUUGAAGAUUUUCUUGCCAUCAGGAAGUAUUCCCCUUAUGAUAAUAUUCAGAAGGGUGUUCCUUAUCCAGCAGUGUUGAUAACAUCAUGUUUUAAUACAAGGUUUGGUGUGUGGGAAGCUGCAAAAUGGGUUGCAAAAGUCCGAGAGCAGACCAUCUAUGAUCCCCAGCGGCCAAUACUGCUUAAUCUAACAGCUGAUAUAAUAGAUGGGAGCAAGUAUUUAGAGUCGAAGGAAUUGGCUCUGGAAGCUGCUUUUCUCAUAAAAAUGGUAUCCAACUCCUAGUUCUGAGCUACCUGCUUCUAUUGUAAUCAGAUGAUGCCACCAAAGCUUACAUGGUUUACUUCUUGGGAGGGUCUUCUUGAUGCUUCAUCAGGCAUCAGACGAGUUAAUUAACAACUUGACUUUUGCUGUUUAGUCUUAUGGAGGGAAAAGCUGAUGUUCAAUGGAUCAGUCAUGUGGUUUACUUCUUGGGAGGAUCUCCUUGAUGCUUCAUCAGGCAUCAGAUGAUUUAAUUAACAACUUGACUUUGCUGUUUAGUCUCAUGGAGGGAAAAGCUGAUGUUCUAUGGAUCCGUCAUGUGGUUUACAUCUUGGGAGGGUCUCCUUGAUGCUUCAUCACCAUCAGAGGAGUUAAUUAACAACUUGACUUUGCUGUUUAGUUUUACAGAGGGAAAAGCUGAGGUUCUAUGGAUUCGUCGUGACUUGUGUAGAGUCACGAUGAAUCUCUUUACAGGACACAAGUCACGACGAAUCUCUUUACAGGAAAAUUCAAUGAUAAAUUAGGAUGGUUUCUGCAAUCAGAGGUUAUUGAGAUAGAUGCCUUCAGAAUCCUGUGCUACUUUGUAUGAAUAGAGAGCAAAAACUGUGGUUUCGAUAUCAUAUAUAGUUCAGGAAUCAUGAUUAUUUGUUGUAAGAAGAAUCUUUAUUUUUGGAACUGUCAAAUUUCUUUCUCUACUGCAAGAUAUUUGUAUUUAUUGGUUA